UUUAGGAUCUGAUUUUUUCCCCUUUUGUUCAAGAAAAAUGUCUUCCUUGAGAGGGAAAGUGCAGACUGUCUUAGGCCCUGUGGAGCCAGAACACCUUGGCUAUACAUUGACUCAUGAACACUUGUCUAUGGACUACAGCAGCUGUUUCUGUCCACCUUCUCCAGCCCAAGAGCCUUUGUCUAAUGGGCCCAUUGAGAUGAAGAACUUGUUUUGGAUUAAGCAAAAUCCUUACAGCCAUAAAGAAAACCUUCUUCUGUUUCAAGAAACAGACGCUGUGAAGGAGGAGCUGUUGUAUUUUAAAGCAGCAGGUGGUGGGACAAUUGUGGAAAAUACAACUAUGGGAAUUCGUCGGGAUAUGAAGACUUUGAAGAAACUCGCUGAGGAAACUGGAGUUCAUAUUAUUGCUGGUGCUGGAUUUUAUGUGGAUUCCACUCAUUCUUCUCAAACACAGGCCAUGACAGUGGAGAAGCUGACAGGCAUUAUUGUCAAUGAGAUACUCAAUGGAGCGGAUGGGACUAACAUCAAGUGUGGUGUGGUGGGAGAAAUAGGUUGCUCCUGGCCUUUGACUCAGAGUGAACACAUAGUGCUUCAGGCAACAGCACAGGCUCAGUCACAGCUUGGGUGCCCUGUUAUCAUCCAUCCUGGCAGGAACAGUGAUUCACCUUUCCAGAUUAUCCGCAUUCUUCAGGAAUCUGGGGCUGAUGCUUCAAAGACAGUCAUGUCUCACCUGGACAGGACCAUAUUUGAUACAAAGAAACUUCUGGAAUUUGCUCAACUUGGAUGCUAUUUAGAGUAUGACCUAUUUGGUACAGAAUUUCUCCAUUACCAGUUCCAUCCUGAUAUUGACAUGCCGAAUGACAAUGAAAGAAUUGCAAGGAUUCGUAUGCUGAUCGAUGAAGGCUACGAAGACAGAAUUCUGAUGGCUCAUGAUGUGCACACUAAGAAUAGGUUGAUGAAAUAUGGAGGUCAUGGAUAUUCGCAUAUCUUGAAAAAUAUAGUUCCUAAAAUGCUAAUCAGAGGCAUAUCCCAAGAUAAAAUUGAUAAAAUACUCCUAGCAAAUCCGAAGCGGUGGUUGACUUUUAAGUAG